AGUGAUCUGAAAUCCUGACUACACCCAGCCAGCCGCAGCCGCAACCGCACUUGUGCCCCGGCUUUCUUUGCCGCCCCAGCGCAUCCGAGUUGUGGUGGCUUUCAUCCGAGGCUCUCGAAUCGUUCUCCUUUCGGCCUUGGUAUCUUACUCGCGCCUCCUCGGCCAUUUUGUAUACCUGCUUUGUCUUUAUUCAACAUGUCUUGGCAAAACUACGUGGAAAACCUGAUGGCCGAUGGCAGCUGUCAGGACAGCGCCAUUGUUGGCUAUUUGGACGCCAAAUACGUUUGGGCAGCACAUGACGGUGGGACUUUCAAUAAUAUCACGUCCCAAGAAAUUGACGUUCUGGUCGGCAAAGACAGAGAGACCUUUUAUACCUGCGGUCUCACCCUGGGCUCAAAGAAGUGUUCGGUGCUCAGAGACAGCCUCCAGGAUGAGGGCGACUGGACAAUGGACAUGAGGACAAAGAGCCAAGGAGGAGAACCCACAUACAACAUCUCUGUGGGACGAGCUGGGCAAGUAUUGGUUAUUGUCAUGGGAAAGGAGGCAAUCCAUGGUGGAAAUCUUAACAAGAAAGCACAUAAAAUGGCGGAAUACCUGAGGAAGGCUGGAUAUUAAGCAACCUCACCAUCCAUCCACCUUAACAGCUCACCACAUACUUCCAGGAUUAAAGGGCAAAAACGUUUAUUUCAUCCCCUUCUGUUUUAUAUACAGCCACAUUUUGUUUUCCGCCACCCUUAUGAGAUAAACAUUUGUUGACACUACUGUUUGACACUAUAGCAAUGGUAUGAUCACUGAAAUUGUUUAAAUGUUUAUAAACCAAAGGAGUGUACAAAAAAAAAUAACCACAAAGUGUAAUAACAAUUGAAAUUGCCUUGUAUGACAUCUGCUUUGCUCGUUGCUAAUUUAAAAAGAGAAAAAGGCAUUUCCCCAUCCUAUUCCUCAGCAUGUGGGCAUUGUUGCAUGCAUAUUUGCUUUUCUUCUGGUUCCCCUGGCCCGUCACCCGUCUCCCAGCCGAAACAUCUUUUCAUCUGCCUCCAAUAAAAACAGUUUACGCUGACUUAAGCUUGUAACUGUGUAUAAAUUUGCCACUCAUCCCUGCCAGCCCCCCCCCCCCUUUUUUUGACCUACCAUCACAUCACAUGCUUAUGUCUUGUACCUGGAUGUGGUCUUGAAAAGAUGUGAUGCUGGUUUCUUGUUUGAGUGUAGUUCAAGGACAGCUUUUUGAUACUUCAACUCAUUCUGGAAAGCUGUCUUGAGUCUUUAUUUCAUAUCCUUGAUUUGUAGCCGAAGGUCCAUGCACUAGUAAGAUAUUGGUGAAUGCUCGAACAGCUGUCCAGCCAAUUGAUCUCUUAGCCUAUAUGCUACCAAUGCACUGAAUUGUGAGGGAAAACUAGUGUACUGCAAAUAAAUGCUCAAAACGUCGUGAUGGCAAACAGUUGCCGCAUUUAUUUGAGAUCCUUAAUAUCCAGCCCAAGGUACAUGUACGAAUGCUCUUUGUCCUCACUUGUUGGACAACUACAGACGAAUAGUGAAGCAAAAAUGCACAUUGGUUGACAUCUCCAUGCUACUCAUACUUUUUUUGGGGGACCUUUUGAGUCCUCAUUCAGUAUCGUUGACAUCCAGCUAAAGGUGACUGUCCUUGUACGCUCCUUGUCCUCACUUGUAGGACGGUGGAGCAUCCUACUCAUUCUACAAGUGUGCUGACAUGUCCUACUGGUAAGAACAAAGUGCGUACUCUGGUCCUCAAGAUGAAUGUCAAGGAUAUCUUACUUGUAAUGUUUCUCGCACUUUUGUCACUUUGACCUACUGGUAAAUAAUUAAGCCUUACUAGCAACACUACUAGUCCCAAAUAGGAGGCAUGUGUCACACACUACUAGCCUCCUGGACCAUACUCGUAGCACCAAAAUGCCCACUAGUACAGGUUCCACUUGAGUAAUUUAGUGUGCAGAAAUGUCAGUUGCGGAAAACUUGUGAUUUACAAGACCGCUAGUUGACUAGCUGGCUAAUUGACUAGUCAACUAGUCAUUCCAUUAGAGGUCCAUGUACUAAUAGACUGUCCUCGUUUGUAGGACGGCUCCACAUUAUUAGUGAGUUAAAACUGUGGACUAGUUGACAUCUGUACAGAACUAGUACACUAGUAAAGCACGAGAUGUCAACUAGUCGAUUGUUACUCGUAGCGGCAUUCACUUGUCAACAACACAUUUUUUCCUAGCUAAUGAUAUUGUUUUUUGACUAGUAUGUCUCAGGUGUACAACUAGUGAGGACAAGGAGUACUAUUAUAUGGAUGCUAAGCUGGAGUCAAAUUCAACAAAGCCACUUCAGCAUUUAUUUGGGAUUAUUGAUAUCCUGCAUAAGGUCCCAGUAGGGGGCCCCAAAGUAGUACAAGUUAUGGAACGAGGAGAAUUGAGACGAGUUGUAGUAGUGCAUCCGAGUCAUUGUACAAGUGCUGAUGCACCUCUGCAAGUUGUCUAACUGGAGAGGACAAAGCGUUGUACUAGUACACGGACCUCGGGUUGGAUGUCAAGGAUAUUGAAUAAAUGCUCAAACGGCUUUCCAUCCAUUCUGGAGUCUGGUCAUUCCACCCGUGACAGCUCACAUAUAUCAGUCAGCCCCUGCAAUUUGUCCAAUUGGCUGUUAAUUAGCCCCCCCCCCCCUUCCGCGUCCUCCUUCCCCAUUUGUUCCCACCUUGGACCAAUCAUUGUACAAGGAUAUGUUCACCUCCAUUCUGAUAGAUGAUUGUUGGCAUCACUUGUUGACUGUAAUAAAAAUAAAACCAUAGGCGGCUUCAGAAAGUUGUAAAAUUGUAACAGCGCCUUUUUUUUUCUUUAUAAGACUUUGAGACUACUUUAAAUUUGUCAACACUACUAGACUUUGUUUUUCAUUUUUGACUAACUUCAUUAACUACUGAAACUACAUGAAUGCAUAUUGACUGUAAACCAAGGGUGUCGGCUUCGGACACCUUGUGAUUAUUUGCAUUGUGCUUUAGUCAUCCAAGAUGUAUUCACAAAUUGUCAUCGUAUGGUACUUAGAAGUAUUAUAGCUUAAAAAAAUAAUAAAAAACAAUGCUGUGUACACUAAACUUAUUGAAAGUGGUGUUGGUUGGAAUAAGAACAUUUGUAAGGUGUCUUGUGAUAAACUUCCAAGAAUUGUGUAUUCGGUGCCAUAAAACUCAACCUCAUGUGUUGCUACUAGUUGGAUUUUUACCUGCUGCCCUGGCAAAAUAUAACUUAAUGGCACUUUCUGAAGGGACAUUUUGGCAUCAGUCAUCUCCAGACUUUGUGGAAUAUGUACAGAAUUAAACGAGAGAGAAAAAUG